GUCACUGGGCCAGCCCCUGGGGGAAAAACGAGCGCUCAGCUCCCGCCGGGGCACAGCCUGGCCCCGCGCUCGCCCCGCAGCCCCGGAGGAUGCUGAGCCAUGGUCCCCUCUGCCACCGCCCUGGCGCUGUGCCUGGCACUGCUCCUUGCCUGCCCCACGCACGGUGAGGAGCUGCCGAGCCCCCGGGCCGUGCGCUUCGCCGCGCGGACGGGCUGGCACCUGCUGCGGUGGGAGCCGGGGCACGGCUGCCCCAGCGACGCCCGCUACGAGGUGGAGUACAUCGUCUAUGGCGCGGGAACCCCCUGGACAGCCGUCCCAGGGUGCAGGAACACCUCGGAGCACUCCUGCGACCUCACCCGCUACACCCCGGACCCGGAGCGGCGCUACCACGCGCGGGUCAGGGCCGUGGCUGGGAACCACACGUCCUCCUGGCAAAGGACCCACGGAUUCUUCCCACAGCAAGCUGGCGUGCACCUGGUGGGCCAGAGCCUCUCCGUGAUGGGCAACUCCAUCCAGGUGCGGCUGCUCCUCCACGCCGGGAACACCAGCCUGGAGCACAGCGACUUCCAGAAGGAAAUGACUCGGUACCACGUGUACAUCAGGAGGACACGGGACAACCACACGGUCACCAUGGUGAAGAACAGCACCGAGUUCACCCUCAGGGAGCUGUUCUGGGUGACAGAGUACUGCCUGAGCGUGGAGCCCAGCAUGGCCCACAGGCCCGUCCCCGCCAGGCGCAGUGGCGAGCAGUGCAUCACCACCGGCCACAGGGACAGGAGCGCAGAGCUUCUCCCGGACAUCCUCAGCUCCUCCUUCAUCAUCCUCUCCUUGCUGGGCCUCCUGGGGGCUCUGCUGGCGUGCACCUACAUAAGGAAACCUGUGAGGACUCCGUCCGCUCUGAAAUCCUUCAUGAAGCAGAGCUCGCUCUGGUUGGAGCACGAGCCCCCAUCCUCGGGCAGCCUGGAUGCAGACCCCAUCCAGCAGCUCUUCCUGUGCCAGAAGGAGCCCCAGCUGGGCGGCAGCCCUGGCAGCAGCACCAGCACGGCCCAGCUGCCCCUGGAGCAGGGCUGGAUGCUCCCAGCAUGGCCCAAGGACCAGCUGGGCCCCGUGGGGAGCAGAGACAGCAGCAGCACCAGCACCGACAGUGGCAUCUGCCUGCACGUCCCCUCCUCUUCCUCUUCUUCCUCCUCCUCCUCCCUGAGCUGCUCCACGGGCCCCGAGCCCCAGGGCUACAGGCAGCAGCUGCCCACGGCCGAGGACAGCGGGGCGGGCUUGGAGAGCCCCUGCCCUGCUCCGGGGAACGCCAGCCCAGGGCAGCCCGGGCUGUGCCCUGCCACCGGCCAGGCAGACGUGGAGUUCCGGGGGUACCUGCAGCAGUCCAAGGGCACCGUGGAGCCACAGAGGGCCCCAGGCAAGGCAGAGCCCCUCUCGGGCCGUGCAGGGUCCGUGCAGGGCCUGGGCAGCACCGACACCGUGCUGGACAUGGAGUGCUCCGAGCUGGCUGUGUCCAAAGGGUAUUUGAAGCAGUCCUCCCCUGAGCAUCCCCUGACACAGGACCUUGCUGCGUGGGGAGCUCCUUCCUGUGACUUCUCCAGCCAGGUGGGGCUCCAAGGCUCCACUCUGCUGAGCUGGGCAGCCCCAGGUGCUCCACUGACCCCCAAAGCCAGCCCUGAUCUGAAAACUCCCUUCGACCUGAACAUCUUCAACAACGCUGCCUUCCCAGGCACUCUGCUGCUCGUGCCCAGCCUCAGCUCCAGCUGGAUCACAGCCCUGGGCCAGCUCAGCGGGGACAGCAAGGACAGCCACCUGUGACCCAUCCCUGGGGCCACCAGCCCUGGGGACAGCAAGGACAGCCGCCUGUGACCCAUCCCCUGGGGCCACCAGCCCU